AUGGGACAGUUUCUUCCAUCACGUGGACUUUGGCAAGGUGAUCCACUCUCUCCUUAUUUAUUUUUGCUUUGUGCAGAGGGUCUUAGUGCUCUUAUACAGACUACGAAGAGGGAAGGCAGGAUAUCGGGCGUGCCUAUUGCAGUUGAAGGGACUAGGUUGAGCCAUCUCUUCUUCACAGAUGACAGCCUCCUCUUUUGUCGGGCAAACUCUAUGGAAUGGUCCACAAUUCUGGAAUUACUAAAUUUAUACGAGCGCGCUUCAGGCCAACAGUUGAAUGCCGCCAAGACUUCUGUAUUUUUUAGUAGGAACACAAGGAAUGAUUUCAAAGAAUGGGUGAGUUCUACUGCUGGUCUGUCAGCUGUCCAGGGUUUUGAGAAAUAUCUAGGGCUCCCAACUAUGGUGGGAAGAUCAAAAACCAGAUCUUUUGCCUCCCUUGUGAGCCGUGUUAGAAAGAAGUUGGAGGGAUGGAAGGAAAAGUUCUUAUCACAAGCUAGGAAAGAGGUUUUACUCAAGGCAGUGGUGCAAGCUAUUCCCAUUUGUGCUAUGAGUGUGUUUAAAUUGCCCAAGACCUUGUGCAAGCAACUUAAUUACCUUAUGAGCAAUUUCUGGUGGAACCAUAAUAGGGAGUCAAAAGGGGUGAGGUUGAUUAAUUGGAAACGGUUAGGGGUCGCUAAGCAACAAGCGGGAAUGGAUUUUCGUGAUAUAGAAGCCUUUAAUCUUGCGUUGCUAGCAAGGGAGACUUUGGAAGGAGGUCUUUGGUGGCGCGUUGGAAAUGGAGAGAGCAUUAAAGUUUGGAAAGAUAAAUGGCUCCCUUCUUCCUCAACUCCUCAGAUCCUCUCCCCGGUGAAUGGGCUGGAUGAGGAGGCUAGGGUGAGUUCACUCAUUGAUCCGGGGUCUGGAGGGUGGAAUAUGCCUCUGCUCAGAUCCAUCUUUUCCCCAUGGGAGGUGGAACUUAUUGGAAAGGUGGAAAUGAGCUGUCAUAGUAUUUGGAGUUGCCCCUCUGCUGUGGCGGUUUGGCAAGAUGCUAAUCGAAAAGUCCAAAAACUCUCCACUAUAGCUAAUGAAGGAUGGGAACUUGUGGAGCAAUUAUGGGGCAAACUGGAGGAGGAUGAGUUUGUAGAAGCCAUGACAAUUGCCCGGUUGCUGUGGAUGAGAAGAAAUAAGUGGGUUUUUUAUGGCCAAUUUUCCCCCCCAGUACAAGUUCUGAAGCAAGCUCGUGAAGCAAUGGACUCCUUUGCAAUCACUCAUACUCCAUCGACACAGGCAGUUCAGGUACCAGUCAGAUGCAUGCUAAAGUGGAUCAAGCCAAUCCAAGGAGAAGUGAAAUGCAACUGGGAUGCUGCCAUAAAUUCUAAGAAUAGGUGCAUGGGGGUGGGAGUGGUGGUAAGGGAUGACAAGGGAAGAGAUGUAGCUGCUAAGGCUCGGUUUUUUCCAAGUAUAGUCAACCCAACUGUGGCUGAAUCUAUGGGGGCUUGGCAGGCUGUGGUUAUGUGCUGUGAUAUGAGAUUUCCACAAGUAGUCUUUGAGGGGGACUCAUGGAAUGUAGUGUCAGCACUCAACAAAGAAGACCCAUGUUGGUCCUCCUUUGGCCAAAUCAUUGAGGAUAUAAGAGCCAAGCUUCAAGAUAUACCUUCUGUAAGGGUGCAACAUGUGCCGAGAGAAGCGAAUAAUGUGACCCAUUCAUUGGCCAAAGCUGUUGUUUCACAAAUGCUGGAUAAUUCCUAG